GCCCCGGCCCUGCCAGGGAGCGGGUUCCCAGUCCCGGCCGAGAGCACGGGCGCCGAGGGGACCGACCCGGACCCCCCACGCCCCCCACCGCCGGGCCAUGGCGCCCCCGGGGCUCCUGGUGGCUGGCGCCUCCUUCCUCGCGUUCCGGGGGCUGCACUGGGGGCUGCGGCGGCUGCCCACGCUGGAAUCGGCCGCUCGGGACCGCUGGCAGUGGCGGAACCUCUGCGUCUCCCUGGCGCACAGCCUGCUCUCGGGGACCGGGGCGCUGCUCGGCCUGUCACUGUACCCUCAGAUGGCCGCCGACCCCAUCCAUGGCCACCCGCGCUGGGCUCUGGUGCUGGUGGCUGUGUCUGUGGGCUACUUCCUGGCAGACGGAGCUGACUUGCUGUGGAACAGGACCUUGGGCAAGACCUGGGAUCUUCUCUGUCAUCAUUUGGUGGUGGUGAGCUGCUUCAGCACCGCUGUUCUGUCUGACCACUACGUGGGCUUCGCCAUGGUGUCUCUGCUCCUGGAGCUGAACUCUGCCUGCUUGCACCUGCGGAAGCUGCUGUUGCUUUCUCGCCAGGCCCCAUCCCUGGCCUUCAGUGUGACCAGCUGGGCCUCCCUGGCCACCCUGGCCAUCUUCCGCCUGGUCCCGCUGGGGUGGAUGAGUCUGUGGCUGUUCCAGCAGCACCACCAGGUUCCUCUUGCUCUGGUCACCCUGGGUGGAAUUGGGCUGGUCACUGUGGGCGUCCUGAGCAUCAUAUUGGGGAUCCGCAUUGUGGUCAAUGAUGUCCUGAAGUCUCGACCCCAUCCACCCAGCCCUGGGCACGAGAAAACCAGGGGGACCAGGACAUGUCGUGACGAUGGACCUGUCACCAGGGACAGUUCGACUCUCAGCCUGAAAGACUAGAGAGAAGCCAUGGGCCCCUCGCUGGGGGAGGUGGGGCCAGGACAAGGAGAUGAGGGUCUUCCAUGCACAGUCCCCCAUCGGGGUGAGGGCCAGACUGGCUCAUCAGCAUCUCAGUUUCUCUUCCAGCUAACUCACAUCCCUUCCCCUUUCUAGGAUCUUAAGAAGAAAUGCUGAUGUUGGAUGGGUGGGAACCUGGGUUUCUGUUCACUGAAAUCCGUCAUCAGAUGAGUGUCCUUUCCAGCAAAUAAACUCAAGAGGUACAGCCAGAGCUAUCAGUAAAGAGUGGCAGGAGGCAUGCAGCUGGAAGAAACUGCCAGUGGAGACAGAAGCUCUUUGCUUUAACCCAGGGACAGAUGGGGGAAGGUGAAGUCCCACUAGGAUCAGAGAGAUCUGGUAUGGGGCGGGUAGGGACAGAGAGAAAAGAGAUCUCACCUAUAACCAAAUUCUGGCAGUGGGAGGAAGGUAGAGGAGGUGCUGUCUGUGGCAGCAGAGAUGGACGUGAUAGUUGCCAAGAGACAGAACCUGGACCACAGCAAUUGCUGCUGAUGUUUCUGGUUCUCAAAGCCACACUCCUGUUUUUAUGAGACGGAAUCUCACUCUGUCACCCAUGCUGGAGUGUAGUGGCACGAUUUCGGCUCACUGCAACCUCAGCCUCCUGGGUUCAAGUGAUUCUCCUGCCUUAGCCUCCCGAGUAGCUGUGACUUCAGGCAUGCACCACCAAGCCCAGCUAAUUUUUGUAUUUUUUGGUGGAGAGGAGGUUUCACCAUGUUGCCCAGGCUGGUCUGGAACUCCUGACCUCAAGUGAUCCACCCGCCUCGGCCUCCCAGAGUGCUGGGAUUACAGACGUGAGCCACUAUGCCUGGCGCACACUCCUGUUUUUCUACUUAACCCUGGUCCUGCUGUGUCUAGCCUUUUAUUUUUAUUUUUAGUAUCUUCUGACUUUUCUUUUCUUUUUCUUUUUUUUUUUGAGACAAGUUCUUGCUCCGUUGCCCAGGAUGGAGUGCACUGGCUUGAUCUUGGCUCACUGCAAUCUCUGCCUCCCAGGCUCAAGCAAUUCUCCUGCCUCAGCCUCCCGAGUAGCUGGGACUACAGGUGCAUGCCACUGCACCAGGCUAAUUUUUGUUUUUGUUUUUUUUUUUUG